AUAACGAUUAGUGAUCAGUGAUCACCAUUUUAAUCUAUAAUCAAAGUGAUCACUGAUCAUACUGUGGUGAUAUAAAAAUGAUAAUAGCAAUAUGAUAGGCAACAAUUAAUUAUCUUAUAUUACUCUAUGGCCAGUGCCCAGUACUCUACUGUUCUGUAGACUGUAGUAUACUUUUGUACUACUAUAGACUGUAGAGUGAUAAACGUGUAAAAUAGAGAUUAGAGUCAUCGCCACCCAAAUAUGAGUAUAGAUUAACAAAUCCAAUUUUGUUAAGACGCGUAUUGCUUACUAAAUACCAAUGAGUAUUGAGUAAAUAGCAGAUUACAAUCCACAGAAUAGACUACAAUUAAAUCUGAAUAUAUAAAACUACAGUGGAAUAAUUAACACUAAGCAAUAAAUAAUAUUUUUAUACUCUCAUUUAGACUUUGCGCUUACAUUGACGAUUUUAAAAUCAUUUUAUUCAUAAACCUAGGAUCAUUUAAAUAAUCCACUUGCAUCAGUUAAUGCACUUGUAGAUAUUAUACUUGUAUUUUUGUUUAUGAUUGAUUAUGGCGUUGUGUGUGGCUGUAGUUAGCAAAGAGAACGCGCCAAAAUAUGUAACUUCGCUAAACCCAGAAGACGAACUACAAAUUCAAUAUGAAAUACAUUCAUCAAUUGAUUUUGUUGAAGAAAAAUUGAAAACUGGAAAAAAGGAUAUGCGAGAUUUAUAUUUAGGACUAUUGUACUCAACAGAAGAUCAUAAAGUUUAUGGAUAUGUGACGAAUACUAAAGUAAAAUUUUUUGUUGUGAUAGAUUCUAGCAAUUUGUUACUAAGAGAUAAUGAAAUACGUUUUAUGUUCCGAAAAUUACAUACAGCUUAUACUGAUUUAAUGUGUAAUCCGUUUUACAUUCCUGGAGAUUAUAUUACAUCUGAGAAUUUCAACAAAGUUGCCAGAGGUAUAUUAACUGGAAACUCAUAAGUAGAUUAAUAAGAAUCAUUUUAAUUAAUUUAUAAUUUAUUUCUAAUAAUUAAUAUAUAUUUUGUUUGAUACCUUAGAAU